AAAUGCACCUAAACACAGCCGUAACACAGGAAGUCCGAUAUUCUCCCUCACAAUUAAUGCUGGACAAAUCAGUAGGGAGAUCUAGCCUGAUGAGAAAUGUAUUCAUUUUAACUAUCAGCAUACUACUGUAAAUAAGUAGACACGGGUGAAUUAAAUUCUUGUCAUUUUGUGAUGCCAUCUAUUGCAGGAAAUUCGACAAAGAGAAUGUCAUUGGCUUUACCUUCUGAACAGCACCGGAAAUCAGCUCCUGCAUCCUCGCGUUACCUUGACAACUGUCCAGCCUCGCAGCCUCCUCUCCCUCAGGAUGACUGGGAGUGACGCAGGGCAGACGGAAAACACUGGGUCUUGAAGGGAAGCAGGGCGGUGGGGAUGCUGGGAAGACUUUAGCUUGUAUUUAUUUCUCCGGUUUCAAGUCGGAUGUACGGCCUGGCUCUGCGCCCAGAGGACAUGACGGUUACCUGCGUGCAGGCUUUUCCUGUGACUGACCAGUAGGAAACCAUCGCCUCAUCCAUCCUUGGGGCGGAUCACUUUGGAUACAUUCCCAAGUAGGCUUCAGCAAAUACCUUGAUGCUUAUUUUAUUGCGGGUGACGGUGAUUCCCGUUUAUGCACAUGGGAAACUAGUCCAAUCAUAUAUUUUUCUUGCCGAACACCAAGUUCUGUGUCAGUAGGUGGGAUUUUUUUUUUUUUUUUGGACCUACUUCUCUCUACGUCAUUUCAACAAACCUCCACCAUGAAUUACUUGCGUCGACGUCUCUCGGAUAGUAAUUUCAUGUCCAAUCUGCCCAAUGGCUACAUGGGCGACCUCCAACGCACCGACCCGCCGCAGCAAAGCCCCGCAGUGUCGCCCGGGCCGCCGGAGAGGCGCCAGCCCGCCGCUCAGCCGCAGCCUGCAGGCGGAGGCUCCGGUUUCUUCUCCUCCAUAUCCAAUGCCGUCAAGCAGACCACCGCCGCUGCGGCAGCAACCCUAUCCGAGGCGGCGGAUCGGGCUGGCGUCUCUAGUCACGGCAAGAUCCUCCUGGUGAUCGACGACCAGCAGACCGACUGGGUGAAGGUUUUCAGAGGAAGAAAGAUUCACGGCGAAUUUGACAUCAAAGUAGAACAGGCAGAGUUCUCAGAGAUCAACCUAGUGGCCAAUGCCAGCGGCACCUAUAACGUCAACAUUGACGCCAUCAGGAAUGGGCAUAAGGUUACUAAAUCCUUCAGGCCAGACUUUGUGCUGAUCAGGCAGCAUGCGUUCAGUAUGGACAGGAACGGAGACCAUCGCAACAUGGUGAUCGGACUGCAGUAUGCUGGCCUGCCAAGCGUUAACACCCUGCACUCUGUCUAUAACUUCUGUGACAAACCGUGGGUGUUUGCUCAGAUGUCAAGACUCCACAAGCAGCUGGGACCGGAGGAGUUCCCACUGAUUGAGCAGGUUUACUAUCCAAAUCACAAGGAAAUGAUCAGCGCCCCAAUGUACCCUGUUGUCGUAAAGAUGGGCCAUGCUCACUCAGGAAUGGGAAAGGUGAAAGUGGACAAACAGUAUGACUUUCAAGAUAUCGCCAGUGUUGUGGCGCUGACCAAGACCUAUGCCACUUCCGAGCCUUUCAUUGACGCAAAGUACGACGUUCGCAUCCAGAAGAUUGGUAACAACUACAAGGCUUACAUGAGGACCUCCAUUUCUGGAAACUGGAAAACUAACACGGGCUCUUCUAUGUUGGAGCAAGUGGCCAUGUCAGACAAGUACAAAUUGUGGGUGGAUUCAUGCGCAGACAUCUUUGGCGGGUUAGACAUCUGUGCUGUGGAGGCUCUACACGGUAAAGAUGGCAAAGACUACAUUAUCGAGGUUGACGACUGUUCGAUGCCACUGAUUGGGGACCAGCAGGAUGAGGAUAGAGUUCAGAUUGCAGAACUUGUGGUUUCUAAGAUGCAAGAGACUGUUCCACGCACUCCCAGUUCUUCCUCGGUACGCGCUGCAGCGGGACAGCCAGCACAGAAAGCAGUUUCUCCUCAGCCUGACUCACAGCCAAGAGUGCCACAGGCUCAACAGCGCCCCUCCCCUCAGGGUGGUCCCCAACAAAGUCCUCCGACCCAGCAGCGGCCCCAGCCUCAAGGCCAGCCUCCUGCACCAGCUCAGCAGUCUGCUGCCAGCCCGGGUCCCGCUGAGCCCGCUUCUCAGGCUAAGCCUAGCCAGGGCCCCUCAGCCCAAACCCGACCCCCAGGUCAGGGUGCUCCUCAGCGAAGUCAGGGAGGUUCCCCUCAAACUCAGAGGCAGCAGUCCGUCUCCCAGCAGCAGAAACCUUCUGCCGGUCAGAAACCUCCCGGUGGGCAGCAGCAGCAGAAACCGGCCCCACUCCCUAGACAACAGUCACAGGGAGGAUCACAGAAGGUCCAGCCAACCCGUCCCGGGCCUCCAACCACCCAGCAGCCGAGACCCGCCGCCCAAGGUCAGGGUGGCCCCGGGGGACGCCCCCCUCUGCAGCAAAAGCCCCAGCCCCCACAGAAGCCCAGUCAGGACAGCCCGGCUAUGGGCAGCUCUCCACAACUAAACAAAUCCCAGUCUCUUACCAAUACCUUCAACAUUCCAGAAACCCCAGCGCCCCGAGCCAGCCUUAGCCAGGACGAGGUGAAGGCUGAAACCAUACGCAAUCUACGCAAAUCUUUUGCCAGUCUCUUCUCAGAGUGAGCUGGCAUCAGAUCCUCCCAUCCCUCUUUCUUCUCCUCCAGCUGAGAAAAAAACAGACAGGCAAACUGAUGGACAGACACCCCUUCUCUUCUCCACCCCACUCCAGAAACGAGCAAGGACCAACAGAAUCUCCAAUUUAUGAGUGUGAUAUGAACGUGUACCCACUUGACACCCACUGCCCAAACAGUUAAUAUCUAUUAGAGUGAACAAAAAGGUAGAAUAGAGUCAGAUGAUGUGAUGCUUCAGACAUUUCUCGCCUUGCUUAAAGCUUAACCGGGUCAUCAUAGCAAACCUCACAAAAGCCUACAUAUGUGCAUGUGACAACCAUUAACUAAAAUCAGAAACAAAGCAACACGAUACUGCUUCCUCUUAUUUGUUGGUGCUGUAAAUCCGUUGUGGUAUUUGUGGUCAAAAAUCUGAAGGACUGUACAAUCGUUAUUGGGAUGAGGAAAAUAGUAAAAGAUGUUUCCUAUUCCUCUGUCAAAUCCUGUUCCGGUGACAAUUAUUGCAAGUUAUUCUAAAAUAAAAGUGAAAAAAAAAAAUACACUCCAUUUUCCUGAAAAGAGAUGUUAGAAAAUAUUUUCUUUGGCAACAAAAUUGAAUACAGGAAGUGGGUUGCAAAUCUUCUUGUGGUGAUUAAGUGAUGUAGCAAUUUUAACUAAGAACAAAUUCACUAAUGCAAAGGCAAAGAGUGUUGCAUUUUAUUCCUAAGAUAAGAGGCUAGCUAUAAUGGUGUAGCAUUAGAGUAGAGGAGGAGACGGAAAUAAAAAAAAUAGCACAGUAGAAGCUAUAAUCUCCACUUCUUCCUUUUCUUGUACAAGCUAGAGUUAGCUAAAUAGUUCAGCCAGCUGCAGGUAAUUAGGAAGUUACAAUAUAAAACUCCCAUGAACCAUUGCUUCAUUGGUUCAUAAACACACUAACUCAAAGCAAGACAGUAAAGAUCGAGAUAGCACUAAAAGUAUAAAAUGUCAUCUCAGCUAAAUACUAAAUCAAAAUAGCUAAUAGUAAAAUGUAUAAAAAUACCACAACAAAUAACAACCGAAUCCUAAUGAAAUUAAACAAGCUCUCAUUCAGGAAAGAAAAUGUAGAUGGGAUAAAAUAGUUUCUUCAUAUAUGAAGGUAGAUAUCAAAUUACGGCUACUAGAUUACAAACAUUUUUCAUCUUCCUGUUCCUGUGCUCUAAAAUACUUUUGAUGAAAUGCCAGAUAGUGACCUGAGUUUUCUCCCGAUAUUUGAAGCAUAAAGUAGCACCACACUCCAAGCUCUCAAUUUUACAUCUGUUGCUGCUUCCUGCUUACAUAUUUCUCACACUUUUGCAACUAUAAUAAUCCAUAUUUUACUUCUUUUUUUUAGUAGUUUAAUAUAUAUUUUUGUUUUUCCUGCUUUAAAUAAUAGGUAUUACCAUUUCAUAGCUUGGUAUACUUUUUCCAUUAACAGGGUGCUAAUAUGAAACUAUGGCAUUUUCAUCAAAGUUAUCAUAUCAUGAAAACCUUAAAGAAGCCCAUGCUUAGUUGGCAUAUUGUUAAUGAUAAGCAUUACUAAAAAGUCAUUUAAACAGUGAUAUAUUGACAAUACAAAUAGCAUCAGCAACAAAUGUGUUAUUUUAUCUCUUGCUGUUCUGUUAUUUUAUGUUAUGCUACUCUUAAAGCAUGAGUACACUCUAAACAUGAUCCGUUUUGCUAUUUGCUUUGAUUGGGAAGAAGACUGAGAUUUCACACAUCCUGAUUUGUGUACUCCAGUGGGGUCCCGACCCUCAUCUUGGGGAUCCUGUGCCUCUGACAAAACACAUUCCUAUAACCCACUCAAAAGUUGUUAUCCGCUUUAAUAUCAGCAGCUGAAUUUUAGUCUCAAUAAUCAGCAUGUAGCAAAAUGCUGUUGAUAAAAAAAAAAGUUUGAUCUCUUGAGGGCUAUGGCAGAAAUGAAAAUAGAUUUGUUAUCUCAAUAUCGUCGCAAUUUGACUCGAAAGGUGCAAAUUCCCACCACCACCUGCCUCAACAAUCUUUGUACAGUCCACUUCCACAGCUCCCCACAGUGUUAGCAGACACUCUAGAUGUGUUCGAGCCGUUUCGACUGCUCACGGUGAUGUCGUAGCUGCAUGUCAAUAGGAGGCGACUGUUGCGGUUUCCAGCAUCUCACUCCGGCGCUUGUAACUGUGUCGUCACAUGUAGUGGAUUAGUCAGUAAAGUAGCUUCGUAGGUGUCGUGGGUAUGUCGUCACUCUCGCUUUCCUUCCAUUAAUUUUUGCUGCACACGAAUGAAACGCUCUUCACCUUAAGAAGGAAAAUAAAAAAAAGAACAUAAGAAAGCACGCCUUAGACAGACAAGAACAUCAGAUUAAAUGGAGCUGUCUCAGGGAUGUCCACUUGAUUGUGACACUCGUGCGUGGCUGAGGGUCUUCCAUUUUCAGGCAUAAUGUGGCUGUUUACAGAUGAUGAGGGACAUGCAUGCCUUUUUUUUCUUUCUUUUUUUUUUUUGCUGUGACGUUGUUUCAGAUACUUUUGCACAAAUAUUCAGCAAAAAUCUUACUUGAAAACAAUGUCAUGCACAAAUGUGUGAAGUUUGCAUUUUCAGGUUUAUUUGACGAGGCACUUGAUGGAGCAACAGCUCACUUAUUCUCGCUCUCAGAGGUGGUGCUGAGCUGCAGAGGGGAGCAGCACCCACCGAGAGUUAGAAAACGGUCAACAGGUUUUACAAUGGCCCUGACUUUCUAGGAGGGGCGGUUGCAUUGCACUCCAAGCCUGAGUCUGUUUUAUGAAUCUCAACAUCUACUUCCAACGCUGCUUCCUAUUCUUUUCACUGGGACACACCCUUAUACUCAGCCAAGGAAUGUUAUUGUGAGAUUUGUGUGUACAAUGAUAGCAGCAAAACAAUUGUAAUGAAAGAUCUCUGCAGAAGUCUUCUCUAACCGCAGCAGAAAUCCAAGUUGCUAGUGGAAAUCAACUCUUGUACCAGACGCUAAACAUGUCUUCCAAAAAGAGUGCAAUCCAUUUGAAUAUUCAUGUAGAGCUGCAAUAACCUGUUUUUUUUUUGUUCUUUUUUAGAGAAGUAGACAGUAAUCACAAAAUAUUGAUUCUGCAGAGUCUCCUUCACGCUGCCUGUGCUUAUUGGUCUGUUCGUGUAGCCACAGUGUCUCCUUGUGCUCAACAGUGCAUUAAUGUGCAAAUGUCCAGACCGAAUAGAUGUGCUGUAAAGAGCUCUGAGCUUCUCCCCCUUGCUGCUGUUCAUGCUUAUUGAUGUUAGGUGUGCUGGCGAAUUGUUCAGUUUUUACGUUAAAGGUAUUCAAGUGGCUCGUUUUACUUAUUUUGGCAUUGCCUUUGUAAAAUCUGAGGUUCCACAGAAUGGGGCUUGUAAUGUUAUGCAUUAAUUGAUUCAGGGUAUCAUUUGAGAAUUUCGCAACUCACUGUCGGCGCGUAUUAUUGUCUGAUUUAUCGCAAGUCUAUCAGCAAAAUCAGCAAUGUGUAAAAGCAAGCCAUCGCAUUUUCCAUGGAUGGUUGUUUUAAAAAAUAUAUUACCCUCAGAGGCCUCUUUGCCACUCUGAGACAUAAAACAUGCAAGGCGCACUGAAUGAGCAGAGGCAGCAAUGCAAUGAAGUUUCCUUUUCUUUGGGUUUGGGUUUUCACCAAUUUGGAUCCUUUACUGUGGCUAUAUCUGACUGUGAAUGUAAUGUACAUUUUUGUUUGUUUUCAUACAGAUGACUUUAUUGUUUACCUAUUGCACUGUAUAAUCAUUGUGAAAAUAUAAAAUCAUUAUGAACCUGUGAAUGGGUUAAAGCAGUCAGUUGAUGCCUCUCAUGUUCAAAUCUUUACGCCCUAAAUGUGAAAAAGUGCAAACGCCCGAGGUUCCUCAUCGUCGCAGACAAGACGAUGUGUCAUAUAAUUUAUGGUGGAUUAUUGAGUUAAGUGUAAAAAUAAAAUAGAUGUUAUAUGCAAUGUAGCUAUAUCAUGUGAAAAUGAAUAUGUUAUUGAAACAUGGACAUGUCCAAUAAAGUCUAUGACCAAAUACGAA